CUGCUGACGCGGGCGGCGUACAUGGCGCUGAGCACGGCUGAGCGUGAGCAGCUGGACGUGACUGCGCUGGGCGCCGUGACGCUGCGUGGCGUGCCGAAGCCUGUGGAGAUGUACCAGCUGGACGCAGUGCCCGGCCGCACCUUCGCUGCACUGCGGCUUGACAAGGAAUGCUGUAUUGGUGAUGAUAAUGAGGACAUGGAGUCUUGCCAAUCAACUGUUGAAGAGCAACAUGCAACCCUUGAUAUGACUGCUUCUUUUAUUUCUAAUCUUUUGAGUCCGUACAAUCCACGACAGCGUGCUGAGGUGCUNAUACUUCGAGGUGCAGUACAGUGA